AUGCUCGCUCGUCUCUUUCGCAGCGCGCCCAAACACGCCCGCGCCCGUCUUUCUCGAAGCGAGGCUGAGAGUCUCGACAAUGAGACGCUACUAUCAUCACCCUCAUCGGCGCCUUCACUGAGCUCGAAGCAAUCCUCUCCCGGACCGGGUUUAGAGUACCAGGUAGCUCUCAAGACUCUUGUAAUUUGUAGUGUCGUGUACCUCAGUGCAGGGUUCUGGAUCGCGCUCAGUGUACGCAAAACCCACAUGGUAACAGAUGCAGAUGCAUUUUGCAUGAGCCACAUCUCCCAGUAUUCGCCGGUAGUCAAAGAUGUGGAGCCAGGGUGGCACACCAAGCAAUUCAACGGGUCUUUUCUACAUGAGAAUGUAUAUCGACAGUCAGCCGGGCCGGAAGUGGAUGCUGCUUGGGAAGCCUUGGGUGUAGGAUUCCGAAGCGUGGUUGUCGCGGAGAGCGAAGCCGAGCAUUCAGGCAUACGACAGCAUCAAGUCAAGAUCAGCCGUGAAUACGGCGGCGGGUUUCCAGCCAACGUCGAAGGUCUACAUCAUCUGCACUGUUUGGAUCUAAUACGGAAGACCUUGCAUUGGAACUACGAUUACUAUCUGGCCAAAGGGAAAGGCCCGUUCGUCAACUCCAAAUACAUUGUCCGCAUCCAUGCUACUCACUGCCUGGACAUGUUGAGGCAAGUGCUGAUGUGCAACCCCGAUGUUGGGGUGCUGGGUCAAGUGUGGUGGCAGUCUGAGGGCGAUACCAGCCCAACGGCGUUUGUCGAUUUCAACACGAAGCAUCGAUGUCGUGACUACGAGGGCGUAAGGAGGUGGGCCGAAGAGCAUCAGAUGCCGUCUGAGAGAGACGUAGAUAUGACUCGUUUCUACGAGCUGCCAAAGCCCGGAGACACGGUCUACACUGCGAUUCCUUGA